UUGUUACAGAGCCAACUGUGGGACGAGUACGAACUAGAGGACGCCACUUUCGCAGAGUGCAGCAUCAACAACGCCAACAACAGCUUCCAAGUAAUAACAGCGAGUCGGUGCCUGGUCCUUUGUGCCGACAGCCGCAACGAGAUGGAGUCAUGGGCAGGCGCACUGCGCGGAGCGUUGCAUCGUGGUGCAGACGUGGCCGACCUGGUGGCAAGACUGUCUUCUGGAGACCAUCACUGGUAUGCGGCAACACACGCGCGCCCCACGUUCUGCAACGUAUGCCGGGAGCCGCUGGGCGCGCUCGGCACCGCGCACGCGCUCGCUUGCGAGCUCUGCAAGUUCAAGGCACACAAACGGUGCGCGUCCCGAGCGCCGCCAUCUUGCAAAUGGAGCACGCUCGCAUCACUAGGUCCGCACGUCGUUGAAGAUGCUGACGGGAACAUAAUAAUGCCUCACCAAUGGUUGGAAGGCAACCUUCCUGUCGCGGCCAAGUGUGACGUCUGCGACAAGACCUGCGGUUCGGUGCUCAGACUGCAAGACUUCCGAUGCGUGUGGUGUCGCCGUUGCGUGCACGCGGCGUGCAAGCCGACGUGGCGCGCGUCGUGCUCCCUGGGCCCCACGCGUGCCUCCGUCGUACCUCCCACACGCCUGCACUCCGUGGGACCCGACGACGCGUGGGUCCCUGAUAGGCCGCCAAAUGCUAGCCCGCUUAUUGUCUUCGUGAACUCCAGAUCAGGUGAUAACCAAGGCGUGAAGUUCCUCCGUCGUUUCAAGCAGCUCCUGAACCCGGCGCAGGUGUUCGAGCUGAGCGGCGCAGGGCCUCGGUUAGGGCUCCGAUUGUUCAGGCACUUCGCCCCUCUCAGGGUGCUGGUCUGCUCUGGUGAUGGCUCCGUCGGCUGGGUGCUUCAGGAAGUCGAUAAGCUUGAUAUGCAUCGUCAAGUGCAAACAGCAGUUCUGCCACUGGGUACGGGCAACGACCUGGCUCGCGUGUUAGGCUGGGGAGCCUCCUGUGAUGAUGCAGCCAACCUCCAGGUGCUCAUCGAACGAUACGAGAGGGCUUCCACCAAAAUGCUGGACAGGUGGUCAAUAAUGACGUUCGAGCGUGCGCUGACAGCGCCGCCGCCGCCGCCCGUGCCGCCCGACUUACUGGAGGAGAACUCCCUGCUCAGGAACUUGCAGGACAUCAUGCAGGCAGGAGAAAUGAGUUGCGUGGCGAGCACGUCUCUCCGCGCGGGCUGCUCCCGGCUGGCAGCGGUAGGGGAGCGCGCUGGAGGAGGGGCGGCGCGUGCAGCGCACCGACUGCGGCGGGCCGUGUCACUACUGCUGCACGCCAGGGCACAUCUCGCACACGAUCAUACGAGGUGCAAGUCAUGGGAGCCAGUAGAAACGACGAGUGAUAGUGAACCAGAAGCACAACCAGUUGCCGAGAAAGGCAGCAUCGAAAAGACUGAAAAGGAGCAACUGAACUGGGCGGCGCGAGGGUGUGCACUGGCGGGGCGCGCCGACAGCGUGCGGCGUGCGCUGCGCUCGCUACUGCGCACUCUUACGCAGAUGUACCCACAGGGUGUAUCACAAGAAGGAGACUCUUGUGAUACGUGCGAGGGCUCAAGUACAGCUGGUCACGCUGUGGAGGGCGUAGAAGCGCCGAGUGCAACAAGCGCGCCUGAUAUGGCCGCGCUGCCAGUACCAAGGGCCUUCGCUGACAGCCGCCGCUCAUCCGCUGCCAGCGCCGUAUCUGCAGCCUCGCUGCACCCAGACAACAUUCCAGACGUAGAUGAUGAUAUAGUUAAAUUAAUAAGCGCCAACCCACCGGACAACUUCAACUUAGACGUGGACAACAAACCGGAACGCAGCAAGACCAGCUCUGCUUCGCCUCAGGACCGGCUCUCGUUGUCGAACCUCUCCUCCUGUGAUACUAGCUCCUGCAAGAACCUCCUGAGGCCAGAACUAGAACGCACAUAUAAUAGCAGUAGUCUUACUAUACCUAACCUAGUUGUCUCUGACGAUAGCGAUAAGAGAUCGAUAUUACAGGGAGAUACUUAUGAAUCGGACCAAUUGACUAUUAUAGACACCGACAAACCGUAUACUGAUGACGAACACUUCGAGGUGAGUGCGCGAGACCCCGCCAGUGGAGACUGCACGCCUGACCGACGACUCUCCAGCGUCGACCUGGAGAUCGAAGCCAGUAGUUCAGAAGGGUCCAACAUUAGCGACGACUUUAGUUUAAUAUCGGAAAUUAUUGAUGCCAAACCAGAGGAAAUCGAGGAAGCUAGAGGGAUUGGAAUCGGACACAUCGACUCCCCUGAAGUAUCGGAAACUACAUACGUCAAUUCCGAAACGUUACAUGGAGAAUCCAUCAUGGACGAUAUUAGUUCAAUGCUUGGACAGGAAGUGCUGUUGGCAAUGAUGGGCAAGAAUGGUGAAAACGAGACAUACACUGACGACACUACUCUCUUCACAUCUGAUACUGUGUCGGAUAUUGCGAUGGACAGUCGGAACCCAAGCCUUGAGAAGAACAACGAUGCGAAACUUAAAUACAUAUCGAAAAUUAAGAAACCCAAAGAGCCAGAGGCAGAGAAGUUUGGAUUUGAGAACAGAGUAUUUUACAUCGAAAAUGCAACGAAAGUAGAAGAACAGAUUAAGUACUGCAGUCUCGCUCAUUUUGAGGAAGGGAAUGACAUAGCGAGGAAGUCGUUUAAGAAGCAGCUUAGGAAAAGUUUGAAGAAGCGAGUAGUAGAAGACGUGAGUUUGAUACAUCUGCUACCAAAAACUGCUGAAGAAACUCACAGCUUCAAAGGGGCUGAGACUCCAAACUUGAUGGAACCGCCAAGACUGAUUUGUGAUGAUCAGAUGCACGUGUCCGAUAUAGGUGGGUUUCCUCAAGUAAGUGUGGUAGUUGAGCCACCAUCUCCGUCACACAGUGAAGACAAAAAGAGUUUGAAGACUUGUCCCAGCCGUAUGGCAUCAGUGCUCAGUGAUAUUUUUGACCAGGGCACUGACACUCUUAGCGUGAAUUCUCCUGAGCCAAGUAUAGGUAGCACUAGAGAGCGGAGACAGUCGGACAAUCCAAGGCUCUUGGGUCAGACAGAUCCUGAAUAUGGAAAGUUCCUGAGCUGUUCUCCUGCUGCUACUCGAAGGAUAUCAUGUGGGAGCCUCUUCAAACCAGGAGAACCUGACAAACUAUCCACAUCUGUAUCAUCAAUAUGGGGUGAAGGAGGUGCAUCUCCGAGUCUUGGAACAAAAGAAGCCAAUGAAAAGGCGAAGAAACUGCCUAUCAUCAACCCUUUGGUCCAACUGCCAGCGUGGCCUCACGUCACUCAAGGUUUCAUCAGCCAAUGUCUUCUGGCAAACGCUGAUGCACUAUGUGCCGCUGUAAGUCCACUUAUGGACCCUGAUGAGACCUUACUUGAAGGGUUUUAUGAAAGAGCUGUAAUGAAUAAUUAUUUUGGCAUUGGAAUCGAUGCGAAGAUUACCCUGGAUUUCCAUAAUAAAAGGGAGGAACACCCAGAAAAGUGUAGGUCUAGAGCCAGGAAUUAUAUGUGGUAUGGAGUGCUUGGAUCUAAGGAGUGGGUGAAUAGGACUUAUAGGCAUCUAGGCCAAAGAGUUCAGCUUGAAUGUGAUGGGCAAAGGAUUCCUCUGCCUGAGCUGCAGGGCAUCGUCGUCCUGAACAUACCAUCCUUCAUGGGAGGAACCAACUUCUGGGGAGGCACGAGAGGCGACGACAUCUUCCUCGCACCCUCAUUCGAUGAUCGGAUACUUGAGGUCGUAGCGGUCUUCGGGUCAGCACAAAUGGCGGCGUCACGUCUCAUCAACCUGCAGAAGCACAGGAUCGCGCAAUGCCGUGCAGUCCAGAUCAAUAUCCUGGGCGAGGAGUGUGUUCCAGUACAGGUGGAUGGAGAGGCCUGGCUCCAACCACCAGGAUGUGUCAGGAUCAUUCAUAAGAACAGGGCGCAGAUGCUCUGCCGCUCCCGGGCCCUUGAAACUAGUCUUAGAACGUGGGAUGAGAAGCAGCAAUUGAAGGCGCAUGCGCUGGCGGGCGGCGGCGCGGGCGGCGGGCCCGGCAGCCCGCGCGUCGCACUCUCGCAGGCAGAGAGCUCGCAACUACUCGCGCUGUUGGAUGAUGUCAACACUCUUGUUAAACAUGUGAAACUAUCAUGUAUAAGUGAGACAUCGGCUUGCGGCGGUGUGUCCCACGGCGUGUCGCUGGCGCGGCGCGUGGCGGCGCACGCUGACGCUCUACAAGAUGCUGACGGGAAACUACUGCCCGCACCGCAGCUGAGGAGACUGCUGGCUACACUGGUGGAGAGCUGUCACGAGUUAGUAGAGAGUGGUGGUAUAACGGGCGCGGGCGCAGGCCCCGCCUCCUCGCUGCGCGCGCAUCUAUCGCGGGCCACUGUACACGACGGAUACGCAUUCCUACAUACUGAUGAGGUCCAAAAGAAGGGCAGUCGCUGGCUGAGAGGACGGCGAAGCGUCUCCGAAGGACCAACUCCGACGUACACUGCUGCACAAGUACGUUCCUGGGGAGUCAAAGAAGUUCAAGCUUGGCUGGAGUCGCUACAACUUAGCGAGUACUCCGAAGCAUUCGCUAAGCAUGACGUCACAGGCAGGGAACUCCUCUCGCUCGCACGCCGCGACCUCAAGGACCUCGGAGUCACAAAAGUCGGACACGUCAAGAGAAUCCUACAAGCUGUCAAAGAACUCCAGUGACGACGGCGAGGCCGCUCCGAAGGGGAUGGCCUGACAUAACUCAAAGUAAAAUUGAAUCUGAUUUUUCUUCCACAUAACUUUUUUAUAGAUUUAGAUCUCCUAUUCUAAAUAGUUCUUAACAAACAGAACUUUACUUAAAGAUAUAUUUUUCGUCUAAUGUAAAACGAUUAGGUAAUAAUAAGAUGAUUAUUUCUAAUAUAUUCUACGUCCCAAACGUUUACGAUACAGUAUUGUACCCAUAUUUAACUUAGACGCUAUGACUUUCUAUACUGAAAGAAAAAUCAGAACAUCGAUUACGAGGUGAAACUGUACCCCCAUUUGUCAUGAACUUGACUGAGCGGAGCCUCUCACAAGCGCAGCAAUUAACUCGAUUACACUCGAUACGUGAUCGAAAUCGAUUUGACUCGAUGCGUGUGACAGUUUAGGCUGAAUGAAAUGUUGUUCUUCAAAGUGCGUGUUUUGGAAAGUCAGACUACGAUUUUGUAAUAAAAAAGUUUUAAAAUUGUAGGGAAAUUGAGAGUGGCCAAGCUUUUAUAAUUAAUAUUUUCUUGAGACGUUAAAAUGAUGUCCUUGACAAAUUUCUUACUGUAACCAAAACUAUCGCCAAAUAAUUGUAAAGAAAAAAUCGUCUUGUAUUUAAAAAUAAUACAAAAUUCGUUUCAUAAAGACUGAUGGAACAAAAACUCAGAAAUAGGUAACAUACAGACCUAUUCUAAAUUAAAUAAAUAGGAUUUCCUGAUAUUUUCUGACAUUUUCCUAAAAGCUGGACUGCAUCUGGAUUAAAAUUUAAAACUACUUUCUCCAAAGAAGAUUUCUCGAAAACGUCAUACAAAUUAAUGGUCAACCCACUCGACUAUUCCCUAAGAUUGGCGCUCUAGUUAUUUACUAGAUAUGAAUUAUUAUAAAAUAUACCUUAUAAUAUGUAUGUUCUAUUUAAAUAAACAUUUUAAAUGUUCAAUACAAUUGAUACUAUCAUACCGUAUAUUAUGGUUAUGAUAAUUUAAUAUAAACGUAAGAAUGAGUGUUGAUGUGUGAAAUAUAUGGAAAUGGACGUCGUCUUGAGCAAUAUAAACUGCUCUUAAUGUUAUAAAAUCAAUAUUAAACAAAACGAAUAUGUAUUGGGAACAGAGUUACGCGAAUUUAUUAGCAAAACAACACUAUAUUUACGAAUUAUCCGAUUUUAAAUACCUAUAUAACAAUUCUUUUUUCAUACAAUUUUGACAACAUAAUUUCGUCCCAUUUAAAAUAUGAGCCCUUAACAUAGUAUACCUAUAAAUGCUGCCAAAAUUGCCUUCCAUCACUUUGUUUUUAUCAAUUGUUGAAGAUUGUUUAUUAUUAUUAUUGAAACAACGAAUUAUUUACAUUGUUUGGCUAAUACUUUACCCGUGUUUAUCGGGAAAAGACUGCUAGAUAUCACUGUGGAAAGAUAUUUGUUUGUAGUUUGUUAUAUAUACUUACUGUUAUAACUUUGGCAAAGGCAUGUAGGCAAUUAGGUAGAUCCUGACCACGUAGCACACCCCAUGAUUAUUAAAGAUUAGAAAAAAUAUUUUAAAUGUCUCUUUUUGACUGCCAACAAUACCUGUCUUGAAAAUAAAUCAAUUACCUAUCAUAUGUGCACAUAGAAAAAAUAAUCCUAAAAAAAUAAAACUAUCAAUAUUCUAAAUAGAAAUAGCGGCUGUCAGAAGAGACCCUUUAUUUAUAAAAGAAUAUAAAGUAAUUAUGGAUAGCCAAUCGAUAUUAAUCAAUAUAAUCUACAUAAUGAAUAAAAGUAGCAGAAGUACUUUAUGGAAACAAUAUACAAAUUAUAUUUACUUCAUAGUUUAGUGGACUUGCAGUCAAAUAAAGACUUUAUCUCAAACAGAAUACAGUUAAUUUCUGAUGUUUCCAAACUGGUCCUUUCUGGUCCUUCUAUCCGCAUACCUACUCAAAUAGUACACAAUUUUAUGUAACUCCUAAUUCUAAUUUAACUGGACAUUAUAAGCGUCAAAAUAGUAGACACUGCAAGUCCCAAUUUUCAACAUAAUAAAUAAUAUACUCAGCACCAAAUAAAACCCGUAUUAUGCACAAAAUAGUAAGUGUUCGAGUAGCAGUUAGACGUAACAGUUAGCAUAGAAUAAUUUUAUCGGUACGCCAUAUAAGUACAAGCCUUUAAAAAACGUGUAUACCAGAAUAUUCAGAAAGUAAGUCUAUCUCACUAGGAACACGAAUGACCUAGCCAUCUUCCCUAGUACAACUUUUAGCAAUACCUAAACCAGGACUUAUUAUAGAGACGUUCAUUGACGAUUAGACAGUUUAUGUAUAGUAUGAGGCCACUGUAACGUGACCCUUAGUGUAGGUACAAUUAGACUAUGGGGUGGACCUAGCCCAGGUGGUCGAGUAGAAACAGUCGCCGUAUGUAGGUGUCUUAUUCUUAAUUCAAAAAUUCUAAAUAUAACGAAGCAAUCUCAUCACGUCUGCGUGAACUAUGAUGGACAACCUACUUUUAUAACUGUUAUAAGACUAUCUAUGAAUGUGAUCUCGUAUAAUUUUAUUUAUAUCUCUUAGAUAAAUGCUACGAUCGCGUGGGAUGAAUGUAUGGUUAAUCCGUUAUUGAAAAACAGAUGAUUAGAACAAAAUGGCCGGUUACACACACAAUGAUAUAAUUAUAU